CGCCCGCCUUGUCCCGGUAGUGUCAGUGUUGCGGCCUGUGUGGCGGGGAUGCUGGGGCUAUGCUGCUGGUCGUGUUGUUCUCCGCGCUGGCGGGCUGCCUGCUCACCGUGCUAGCGCAAUACUGGCUGCUGUCCCGUCGGCCCCCGCCGCCCCCGGUUCCCCGGGCCGUGCCACCCUCCCCUCCCAGCGCUGGCCCCGCCGAGUCCUGUCACUUCCUGAAUGCUAUCUUCCUGUUCGUGUUCCGGGAGCUGCGGGACACGACCCUGCUCCGCCGAUGGCUCCGCCGCAAGAUCCAGGUGGAGUUCGAGGAGCUUUUGUGCAGCCGCACGGCCGGCCGCCUGCUCGAGGGCCUGAGUCUCCGGGACAUGAGCUUGGGCGAACGGCUGCCGGUGCUGCGGAGCGUGCGGCCUGAACCCGGGUCGGCGGCGGCCGGAGGGGCCCCGGACGAGCUGGCCUUUGAGCUGGAGGUCGAGUACCCGGGCGGCCUGCAGCUGGCAGUAGACGUGGAGCUGGUGUUUGGGAAGUCCGCCCGGCUGUCGGUGCGCCUGGGCCGUGUACAGGGCCGCGUCCGCAUGCUCUUCAGUCGUCUUCCGUUCAAUCACUGGGCCGUGUGCUUCGCCGAGGAGCCGCUGCUGGAGCUGGACGUGCAGAGCGAGUUUGAGGGACGGCCCAUGCCCCAGCUCACCUCCAUUAUCGCCAACCAGCUAAAGAGGGUGAUCCGGAGGAAGCACACCCUGCCCAACUACAAGAUCAGGUACAAGCCGUUUUUUCCGAGUGACGCCCAGCCGUCCGGCGCUGAUCUCGACGAGCCGAGCCUGACUCUACAAGACAUGGGUCUGGCUGACGGCCGGCUGAAGGUCUCGCUUAUAGACUGCAGCAGGCUUCUGAUCUUCGGCUCGUACGAGCAGGAGACGCACAUUCACUGCACCCUGGAGAUCAGCGGCAGCCCCUGGAAGGAGAAAUCGAGAACAUCCAUCAAAACGGUGGAGUUGGUGAAAGGAACGUCCCAGAGCAUCGGCCUCAUCAUGGUGCAAGCGAGAGAUGGAGACACCGGCCACGUCUGCGUCGAGACCGUGACCCCCAACUCUCCCGCGGCGGCAGCCGACCUGAAGAAGGGAGACCGUCUCAUAGCGAUCGGAGGUGUGAAAGUUACUUCGUCUGUUCAAGCCUCCAAACUCAUCAAGCAAGCAGGGGACCGAGUUCUUGUGUUCUACGAGAGGCCCGCCGGUCAGAACCAGUGCGCUGGAGGCUUACAGGAGGGUUUUGGAGCCGCGGAAGACUCUGGGUUUUCAGCUGCAUCUUGUCAGCAGAACUUCGAAGACGACGCGGCCAGUCUGAUUGCGGAUCCGGAAAUCCGAGAGCUGGAUUCUGAGUUUGAGGACCUUGCUUGUGAGAUGAAGCCCCCCGGAGAACUGAAAGAGGAGCCGUUCCUUCCUGCGAAUCCGAGUCCCAAACGUGCCGCGGCUAAUCUUCCUGCGAAGCCUGUGGGGUCCGUGUCGCCGAGUCUGAGCCGUAAAAUGAACGUGUCCGGUUACCAAACCGCUCCAAAACCGCUGCCAAAGGCCGGUAAAACGGGUCCUCCUGAGAGUCGAGACACUGACCAGCAAAGCAGACCCUCGGCAAUGUCCAGCAACAGGCCGCCCGUGCCCCCGAGACCCCAAGUCAAGCUUACCUUAACUACCUGUGAGACUUCGAGUGCCGUGGAAGCCGCCGAGCCGGCCGUGGAUAAACCAGAAAGGCCCCCUCCGCCUGCCCUGAAUGGCGAGAAACAGUCGGGGAAACAUUUUGAACCCACGGAGGACGUCGGCCCCCAGAAACCCAGUUCCCUAAAGCAGGAUGCUGGGAAGGACAAGCUGCCGGAAAGCUCCACCGGGACCAAGGACGGUGUGGAUGAUCAGAACGCCUGGGAGUCUCCGGAGGUGCUCUAUAGGAACCGGCAGGGCCGCUGGACCCGGUCGUCCCGCGUCUUUGAGGUAGAAAGUCACCACAAGUAUCUGAACGUAGCGCUCUGGUGCAGAGACUCUUUCAAAACCGGGAGCCUUUGCUGCGUCGGGCACGUCAGUAUCCGGCUGGAGGACAUCGCGCUGGAAUGCCUCGCCACCUCGUCUCUGGAGCACGUCACCCGCUUCCGCCUGAACGCCCCGGAACCGAAAGCCGCCGUGACGAGGACCGCGCUGAGAACUCUGAGCAUGCAUAAGGGAUUUAAUGAGAAGUUCUGCUACGGCGACGUCACUUUGAACUUCAGAUACUUAAUGGACGGAGAGUCUGAGAACGCGAGCGUCCUGCUGGAGAAAGAGCGGGACCUCAGUUUCACGGAGGAUACGGCGGCUCUCCAGAAAGACGAGGCGCUGGCGGCUCCCGUGGUCUUUGCGGAAGCCAAACACAACUUCCAAGAUACGCAGUUCCAGAACUCGACCCUGUGCGAUCACUGCAAGAGGAAAGUGUGGACCAAGGCGGCCUCGCAGUGCAUGAUCUGCGGCUACGUCUGCCACAAGAAGUGUCAGGACAAGUGUCUGGCCGAAAACCCCUACUGCGUGGCUCUAGAAAAGCGAGCCGAUCUAGAAUCGAAAUCCUUGGGUAACAGAACGACCGGCAUCACCCGGCAUAUCAUCAACACCAGUUCCCGUCUCCUGAAUUUACGCCAGACCCCCAAAGCGCGUCCGCAGGAGCAGGGCAGCGAUCCGGUGGAGCCUUCCCCCAAGCACACCCCGAAUACCUCGGACAACGAGAGCAGCGACACCGAGACCGGGGGGGCCAGCAGUCCCUCCAAGAGAGCGUCGGGGGGCUCGGCGAAGCUCGUUCGGAAAGAGGGGGGGCUGGAUGACAGCGUCUUUAUAGCGGUUAAGGAAAUCGGGCGAGAUCUUUACAGGGGCCUGCCGACCGACGAGAGGAUCCAGAAGCUGGAGUUCAUGUUGGAUAAGCUCCAGAAUGAGAUCGAUCAAGAGCUGGAGCAUAACAACUCCCUGGUAAGAGAGGAAAAGGAUGUGUCGGACCCCCGGAGGAAAGCGCUGCUCACCGCCGCUCUUCUGAAAUCCGGCGAGCGGCUGCAAGCGCUUACUCUGCUAAUGAUUCACUACCGAGCUGGCAUCGAGGACAUCGAGUCUUUAGAAAACUCCUCGCUGGCCCAGCCGCGGAAAACCCCGAAAUACGACGAGGAGUCCGUAACCGCGUCCGACGCCGAUACCGGCCCCGACGGCGACCCGGUCCACGAAGAACCGGAACCCUUCGGGCUCACGAUGGAGGAAAAGCUUCCAGACUCGCCGGAGGCAGAUUAGUCUCCGCAGGCAAAGUACUGUGAAUGUGAGCGGGACCAGGUAACACCAAGGGUUAAUGAGCCCCAACUGGAGCCAGUAAGCCGCUUGCCAAGCAUACUGUGAAACGAGGGAUGACGCAACUCUCACAAUCCCCAGCCGCCACUGAGGGUCACGUGGAACUCCGG